AUGUCUCAAGAAAAUACAUCUACUUUAAUAGAUUCAAAUUUAUCAAAAAUAUUACCUUCUGAUCUAGAAACAGCUCGUAAUGCAGUUUUGAAGGAAGUAAAAACAUUUGAUCAUUCAAAAAUUAAAAUUAAAGGAUAUGAUUUUAAUAAAGGAAUAAAUUAUGAAGAGAUUCUUGAUUCUUAUAUAUCUACUGGUUUACAGGCAUCACAUUUAGGUAAAGCAAUUGAACAGAUAAAAGAAAUGAUAAAAAUUCGUGAUGAACCAUUUAAUGUUGAGGAGGGAGUUGAUGCCAAUUUUCCUUAUCCUCAUGGAAGAAAAAAAAGAAAAUUAACAAUAUUUUUGGGAUAUACUUCUAAUCUUAUAUCUAGUGGUUUAAGAGAUAUAUUUAGAUUUCUUGCUCAACAUAAUAUGAUUGAUUGUAUAGUUACAUCAGCUGGAGGAGUAGAAGAAGAUUUAAUAAAAUCUUUAGAACCAUCCUUCUUAGGUGAUUUUAAAAUGGAUGGUAGAGAAUUAAGAAAGGCUGGAAUGAAUAGAGCUGGAAAUGUUAUAAUUCCUAAUAAAAAUUAUUGUUCUUUUGAGGAUUGGAUAAUGCCUAUAUUUGAUGAAAUUUUAAAUGAAGAUAAAAUAUUAACACCAUCAAAAUUAAUUAAUAAGUUAGGAGAAAAAAUUAAUAAUGAAAGUAGUGUAUAUUAUUGGUGUUGGAAAAAUAAUAUUCCAGUAUAUUGUCCUGGGAUAACAGAUGGUUCCCUAGGUGAUAUGUUAUAUUUUCAUUCAGCAACACGAUCCAAAUCACUAAUUAUAGAUGUUGUAGAAGAUAUAAAAAAUAUCAAUACAAUGGCAAUUCGUUCAAAUAAAACUGGGACAAUAAUUUUAGGUGGUGGUAUUGUUAAGCAUCAUAUUAAUAAUGCAAACUUAUUUAGGAAUGGAAGUGAUUAUUCUGUAUAUAUUAAUACUGGUAUUGAAGAUGAUGGCAGUGAUAGUGGUGCUAAACCUGAUGAAGCUAUAUCAUGGGGUAAAAUUAAAUGUGAUAGUACUCCUAUAAAAGUUUUUUCUGAUGCUACUCUUGUUUUUCCUCUUAUUGUAGCUAAAACUUUUGCUAAAACUUUAAAAAAAGAUUAA